AUGGAUUUUACUGAAGACCUCCUGGAAGAAGUCUUGGGUUUGGUAGAUUCUUAUGCAAAAGAACAGUCAAUAGACGCAAUGAUGAAGGAGUAUAAACAAAAAUUUUAUAAUUUGAAUUUUGCUGUUACUGACAACAACCCAAUUAUGUCAUUCUUCUCCAAAGUUUCGGAUGCUUCAAAAGAGUUUCUUUUAAAUAUAGCUAAUAAAGAUAUAGCCUUGUUUUUUACUAUAUACAAAAUGCCUAAAAAUAUUUCAGAUGAUUACUUCAUCUUCCUUCGGAAAAAAGAAAAAAAAUCAUCCACACAAUCAUUAAAAGAAUAUUCUAGUAAAGAAAAUUUAUUAUUAAAAGAAAAACAAAUUUUGAUAAAUAAAAAUGUAAAAUUUGUUUAA